AUGGGUGAGGUUGACGUUCAAAAGAAUAAACUUGGUGGAGUGAGAGAAGAAAAUGUGACAGAACAGAACCUGGAGGAAGGCCUUUGCACCAUGAAGCUUCUUAUCCUGACCUGCCUCAUGGCCGUUGCUCUUGCCAGGCCUAAACUUCAUUUUAGACAUGCUGAAGUUCAAAAUCAGGAAGACAGCAGUGAGCAUACACCCGUAGACAUCAGACAGGAAAUCAUCAAUGAUCUGAAUAGGCAGAGAGAACUUCUGACAGAAAAACAGAACGAUGAAAUCAAGAAUCAGGAAACUACAAUGGAAUCUAUUGAGGAACAUGUUGCAGUGGACCCUAUGCAGAGAGCAUGUAGCAGCAGCUCAUCAAGUGAGGAAGAUGCUUCCAUUAACAGUGAGCAGAAGCACAUUUCUACUGAAGAGAUGUCCAGACAGCACUAUCUGGUAAUACUUCAUCAGUUUAUCAAAAGCUGA